AUGCUCGUCGUCCGCUGCGCCGCCGGGAGCAGGUGCGCCGAGGGGAUGGGCGGCUGGAAGCGCAUGGACAGGUCCACCAUCGCGGCGGUGUCCAGCGCCGUCGACGGCGCCUACCUCACGGACCGGAGCGCGUCGCUCGCGAAGUCGAUCAAGGACGUCGAGGGCGAGCUGCUCCAGGGCCAGGGCGCGCGCGGGCGGUCGGACGCGUCGCUGCGCGCGCGGUCGCGCGUCGCCGAGCUUCGCCGCGCGCUCGGCGCGACGCUCGGUCCGCUGCUCGCGGAGGCCGAGAGCGCCGGCCUCGGCAACCAGCUCGACGGCGUGCGCGCCGAGCUCGGCAGGUCCGAGGCGUCCGUCGCGUUCCUCGAGCGCGUCGUCGCCGCCGACGAGGCGGCGGCGUCCGCGGGCGAGCUCGCGAGGCGCGGCGACGUCGUCGGCUGU